AUGCAGCGCGAUACGCGCGAGCUAAAUCCCGGGCGUGCAGACUUUUGGGAGCACUUCUACGAUCCGGAGGCUGGGCGGCUGCAGGAAAAGGAGCUGCACCACCGGAAAGCACACGAAAUAGCGCGACGUGGGAGCCUCAUGUAUCACUACGAGUGGUUUAUGGAGUACCCACUGUACGAGGAUGCAUUGAAGGCCUGUAUCCAAACCGUCCCGACGGUGCUCCCCAACCAUGGCCCUACCCGCAUCCUUCAUGCGGGAUGCGGCAACAGCAGUUUUUGCGAUCAUGCAGAGCAGCUGCUGUCGGACCUGGACCCUGCUCUUUCCUCUUCCUCCACUCGUGCGCCUGAGGUGCUCAACGUCGACAUCUGUCAGAACUUAAUCACUCUUCUCGCGCGCCACUUCCCCUCACGGGUGUAUGCGGUGGGCAACUGCUGCGACUUGCACGUGUCGUCUUCGCCAUUGGUGCCCUUUUCAAGUGAUACUAUCUGGUACAGCCGCGACACGGCCUUGCAACUUCACACUGUAUUGCAAAACUCCGUAGAUAUUGUGUUCGAUAAGGGGACUGCGGAUGCCCUUCUCAGCGCCUUCGCGGGUGAGUUCAACCCAAACAUGGAAUCCUACAUGGGUGAGAUGCUUAAGAUUCUUCGUCCAGGCGGCCUUUUCUUCCUCAUCUCGAUCAACAGUGAGGAUGUGGUGAACCCUUACGUACUCUCCGCCGAGGAUGGAGUGAAGUCGUUCCAGCUAGCAUACACGGAUGUGAUUGAGCUGGCCUCACAGGAUCUUCGGCAUGUUCGCGUGGAGACUCUCGGAUCCCGCUACAACUGCUACGGGUACACCGUCGUGGCGUCUGCUUCUAUAGAGUAG